AUGGGCAGCGAGGCGGUGGACGCGCUGAACUGGCUCGCGGGCUUUCGGAACGGACCGACGUACUCCGACCCCGAUCCGAUGCAGUUCGAGCGGAUCUGGGAGUUGGCCUCGCGGCGGCACCCAGGGCCAGAUGCUUUCAGUGAGCGCGCGGCCGCCCAGCGCUUCCUGAAGGAGUGCCCCGAGCGCGUGCUGAGCGACGGAAGCCCGACACCAACUGCGAUGCCGCACUUCGACCAGUCGCUGAAGCGGAGCGCCAAGACCUAUCGACAUGUUGUCGCUGACCUGCGGCGCCGCGGCCCGUUGCAGCGGGCGCGCCGCCCCCGCUGCCAGGUGGGUCCCUUCUUCUUGGAGAAGGACAGCGGGAAGCGGCUGCGCCUCAUCCUGGCCGCGCGGCUUGCUAACGAGCUCUUCGAGGCGCAGCAGUUUUUGCAGGGCUGCAACCUCCAUUUGGGGCUCGCGGACGUCAAGGACUGCUUCCACCGCCUGCGAUUCCCGAGCUGGCUCACCGAGUACUUCUGCCUCCCCGAGGCCCCCGCCUUCGCCCUGGUCGUCGAGGGCCAGCUCUGGGAGGGCCGCCCGGUGGAGCUGCAUGGCCUGGCGAAUGGGCUCCACCUGGAGCCCGUGGGCAGGCCGCCCGUCUCUGGCCCGGCGGACCCUGUCGGCCACGUUGCCAAUAGCGUCUACGUGGGCAACCUUGGCGUCGCCCUUGCCUCGGAGCCCUUGGUCUCCGACGCCGUGCAGCAGCUCGUCCGUGGCUUCGACGAGCAGGGCUCGUUUCUUCGCGGCAGGUCCGUGAGCAUGGAGGCCGAGACCCUAGGCACCGAGGUGUCGGGGCCCCGCUGGAAGACCAGGGUCACUCAGGAGCGCUUCUGGUGGAUCAGGCAGGCGAUCAACGGUCUACGUCGCAGACGUCGUCUGACUGGCUGGGCCGUGGAGGUCCUGGUGGGCCACUGCACUUGCUCUGGACUGCCGGCGCGCGGCGCCCUCAGCGUCAUCCACGCGGCCCACGCCUUCACAAGGAAGUUCUACGCCACAACCGCGACGCCCUGGCUGGAUACCCGCGCGGAGCUGGAGGUGUUCCGAGGCUUGUUGAUCUUCCUGGAGAGCGACUGGGCGUUGCUGUGGAAAGAGUUGGCGGUGGCCACCGACAGCAGCCUGAAGGCAGGCCGCAUGCAGGAGAGGGCCCGCUUCCGCGAGGUCGUUGCUGGGCCGCUGGCGGCUGAGGACGGCGGCCUCCCCGCAGCCCGCCGCGGGGCCCGAGGGGCCGCGCUGGUGGCGGCGGGCUUCUGGCGGGACGGCGGCGGUCAGUGGCGGCUAGCCGACGCGGGCGACGACGCGCAGCUGGCCGCUGUUGGGGGGGCCGACCCAGGCUCCCCAGAGGUGCCCGCGGCGGGGCUUGCGAGCAGCCGCUGCCGCACUAAGCAGGUGCUUCGCUGGAGGUUCGAGGAGGGCAUCCUUAUCAAGAGAGCCCGAUCGCCGGCGAUGGGCAUCCGUCGCAUCGCCCAGUCAGUGUUCGGGGCUGCCUGCCGUCAACUCAUUCUGUCGGAUAACAUGUCCGUUGUGCUAUCUCUUAACGGGAGUCGAGCAAAAGAGUUCGCCCUUCUCGUCCAGAUCCGCAGGUUCCACGCCUAUCGUCUUGCGAGGAAUGUGAACGUGUCUGUCCGAUGGGUUCCCUCCGAAUUGAAUCCAGCCGACUAUGGGCUUAGAGUCUUUGAUAAGCAAGUGGCCAAGUGGCCUCUCGGCUCGCAGUUGCUUGAUACUUUACCUUCAACGGCGCCAGCUGGAGCGACCGUCGCAGGCGCCGGCCGUAGCGAGGCCCCCGCAGUUGCCGCGGCCUGCUCCGACGAGCGCAGGGCUGACCCCAGCGCCGCGCCGCCAGAAGACGCUGUCGGCGUCCCAGCGGUCGCGGAGCUGGAUGGCUCGCCUGAGCUCGGCUGCGCUGCCGCCGACGACUGGCAGCGCCAGAUCGCGGCCCACAGCGACGGCGACAGCAGCACCUCCGACGAGCAGCAGGUCGUGCAAGCCGGCGAGAGGCGCGAGAAGGAGUUGCUGAGGCGCGCUGCAAAGAGGAAGAGGACCUACGGAGCGGAGGCGCUGCAGGACAGUGCAGCGGCGGACGGCCGGACCAUUAUGGAGCGACGGUCCGUGUUUGCACCCGCGCGGAGGAGGUGCGGUCUGGAGCUGGGCGCCUCCCUGGAGCUCUGCGACGCGGAGCCGCGCCGCCCGUCGCGCUCGCCCGCGCAGGUGGGCGAGGCUCUCGUGGACUACGUGAACGCGUUGCUCUUCAGUGGCCACGAGUCGUCAAAAGGCGACCAUGUGAUGGCGGCCCCGAUGCACAGGUUCCCAGAGUACUCGAAGCAGGGCGAGUCCAAGACGCCGCGAGAUUGGCGUUGCCUCCGGGGCUGGCGCAAGCUGGCGCCUGCGCGGAGCCGCCGGGCUUGCGAGCCGCUGCGCGGCAAGACGGGUCUGGCAGACGUCGGAGUGAUGCUGGGCAGCGGCUGGUUUCAGUGCGCCGCGCCCGUCUUCCGCGAGAUCGCGCAAGGGGCUCCAGAAGAGAAGUUGUCGGACUUCAGUUGCCUUCAGUUCCUGAAGAUGUUUCGGAUGGCGCUGCAGGGCCUGGGUGUCGAGCAGCACGUUGUUCCUUUCCAGGCUCGGCACUCAGGCCUCCGGCCAGUUCGCUCAACUUCGCUUCCGUGGGGCAUCCCGGACGCCACAGAGCACGCUAAGAAUAGGAUCGCCGCUGGGAGCGCCACCUGCCGAGCAGCUCUGACCUCGAUGAGAUGUUUCGUGCGAGCUGGCGCCCCUUGA